GGAGACCAGAGAUGUUUUAGGCCAUCCAUCCUUCCUGGCUGAGGAAGAGAAUGUCUCUGGGUCUCUUCUCUGCUCCAGGUUUCCCUUGCUUCUCUAUCAGUGGAGGACACAACUGAGAAGGAAGCCAGCUAGGUUGCCGAGAUGAAAUGCCUUGAAGGUCUGUACUUACACCAGAGACCAGGCAAGUUCUCGGUUCCUGUGGCUCCCGAAGGCAUCUUAGUGUCUGCCUUCCACCUGCAGGAAGGGGAACGGGAGGAGUAUGAAGAGGAAGACGUGUGUUCAGAUCGGGCCCCGGAAGUCGGGGAGGAAGGGAAUGACCUUGGGGAUCCAGCCAUACUGAGUGCCAUCCAAAAUGCCCACAUACCAUGGCAGAGAAAGCGGCACAGUUCCCCUGGAGUCAGGGCCUCUAGUGCUUUGGGGAUGUCACAAACCUCCCUGCAUCUUCUGUGGCCGCCUGUGUCUCCAGCGUGUCACUUUGGACCUCAACAGCCUUCGCCAGAUCCUUUUCUGUUCUACAGCCCACUGACACAAUGGCCUCCUAAACUCAGCCUCCCCAGUCAUCUGACCCAGCUCCACCCUCAGCACCUACAGAUCCUACUGCAGCAGCGGAGAGAAGAAUCGAGUCUCCUAGCCCGGAAGUCUUGGUCUCUGAAGCCAGACCCCUACGCCAACCUCAUGACCCGGAAAGAGAAGGACUGGGUGAUCAAAGUGCAGAUGGUUCAGCUGCAGAGCGAGAACCCCCGCCUGGAUGACUAUUACUACCAGCAGUACUAUCGGAAGCUGGAGAAGAGGCAGGCAGACAAAGAGCUGCUUGGACACAGGAACAGGGUUGAGUCUCACAAGCUGGUCACGCCUUACAUCCAAAAGGCAGGAGUUUAUGAGUCAGUGGUCCGAAUCCAGGGUUCCCUGGGCCAGGUAGCUGUAUCAACAUGUCUUAGCCCUCGCCGAGCUAUUGAUGCUGUCUCUCACGGAACUCAAGAGCAGGAUACAGGAACGUCAAGCAGCCAGAGGCUUCGAGUGUUGUCCCAGAUUGAGAAGAUGUUCCUUCAGUUACUAAAGAUAGAAGAGGGCCGGAAGGAUGGGUUUCCACAGCACUGCCUCUCAGGGGAACAGAGCAACCAGGUUGAGAAACUCUUCCAGGCCUUAAGGACCCAGGAGCAGAGCAACCUGGGGGAGACAGCAGAUAACUUCCUGCAGGUGCUGUCUGUGAGGAAAGGGAAGAUGUUGGUGGCCCGGCUGCUCCCCUUCUUGCGCCGUGACCAAGCCGUUAGCCUUCUCCUGUAUGUCAUCUACCAUCUGCCCCUCCUGAUCUGGAGGGACAUGGCUGACCAGGCUCUGCACAUGCUGUUCAAACCUCUGCAAAAAUAUAUCGGUCAUUUGACUUUCCGCCAACUCCUCCAUGGACUGCAAGGUUUAAUGUUGCUUUCACCUGAAGCCUCAGAGCGGCCAGUCUCUGUGGUACUUCAGAAUCAGUUUGGGAUAUCUCUGCUUUAUGCCCUGCUGAGUCACGGAGAGCAGCUGGUGGCCCUGGAGUCUUCCCUCCAACCCAGCGCCGACUGUGCAGCUUGGACAGACUUGGUGAUCCUGAUUGUCUGGGAGAUAGUUCAGCUGCCCCCAGCAUCCCUGGCAGAACCUCUAGCCUUCCCCAGGAACCUGCUUCCCCUGUUCUGCCAUUACAUGGACAAACAAUUAGUUCAGCAGCUGGAAGCCAGAAUGGAGUAA